AUGGGUCGUGGAACCAAAAGAACAGCUGCCCGUAGAAGCACAACGAAUUCUUCCAAGAAAAAGAACUUUUAUCGAGAAGAAAAUAGCGAUGGUGAAGACGAAGAGGAGCAGAGUAAAGACGAUAGAAACCAAAAGGAUGACGAGGAUUUUGUGCUGGAUCCGAAAGACUCGAAAUCUCCUGAAUCUCCAUGUAUUGAUGACGAUGGAGAGGAAGGCGAUGCCGAAGAUGCAGAUGAAUUAGACGAAGAAAUAACUAAUAAAACUAAAUCUAAAGGAUCUAAGAAAGCAUUAACCAAAAGAUUAGAAUCGAAAGAUAAUGCUGAACCGUCAACAUCUUCUAAUAACUUCAACCCGGAUAGAGCAACUCCUUAUAUGGCUUAUGAUCCAUUACUCUGGAAUCCACAGUUUCUAUAUAGAUUGCCAAGUGAUAUUACAUUAGGUGCUAUUCGUGAAUCGGGGGGAGAGGGUCUUGGUAGAAUAGAAAUUGGACAUCGUCUUUCUAUGGAUUCUACGACAAAAGCCGGAAACAGACGUGUUUCUGCUUUUAUUGUUAAUGUUUGCAAUGAUAGAAAAGAUUACGUUGGUCAAUUUCAAAAAAUGGAAGGCAAGAUCAGAUGCAUCAAAUAUUUCUGGAAAGCCAACAGUCAGCCUGAGAGGUUUAUUAAAUUGUUCGAAGAUUUUCAAAAAAUCACAGGAGUACCGUGUCCGUUCAAAAUGGGACAAGUUAUUAAGUUCGCGAACUCUAAGCUCAGCACGUUAAGAAUAUCCGAUGUUACUCUUCGACGUCUCAAUGAUUUGAUGGAGACCCUAAACCAUACCAAAGUGAUCGUAACAAUGCAGCGAACAUUGCGUAUAAUAGAAGAGAAGGAGAAAGCAAUUGGAUAUCAUUUUGCUAUUGAUAAGAAAUCUCUGAUGAAAUGCAUAAAAGCUUUAGAAGAUGUUUCAUUGGUCCGUCUUCUGGAAACCACUGUUUCUACUCCAGACAAUGUUCCUGCUCGUAUUCAAUUGCUCUGUCAUAAAGAUAUCACUUCCGUAGAUGAUUCCAUCGUUCGGUACUAUAUAGAGAAAACUAUCGAAGAGUAUGUACAGCAAGGCCGAGUCUUCCCACAUGGCCAAUUGAGAUAUUCUGCUAAAAAGAGGGCGGAAUUCAAUGAGCUUGGAAACGAGAAAUCUUCCGACUGUGGCCCAAUCAUUAUUGAAAACGGCAUCACCUUUCAAGAGAGGUAUAGGCUUUUCCGCAAUCAGACUUCACGAGCCAUCGUAGGUGUGCAAGAGGAGAAGAAUUGUGAAGUCGUUGAUAACGUUGAUGACCUCAACAACACUUUGGAUAGUCAAGAAGAUAUGACAAUGGAUGAAGGAAGAGAUGGGUUCACUUUAGAUACUCAUGCUGAUAUUUGGACAUCAGUAGAGUUAGGAGGUGACAAAAAACUGAAAAUAAACAGUGAGAUGGCACAAAGGUUUGGCUAUCAGAUGAAAGUCAUGCGUUGGUUCAUCAUGCACGAGUUAGCUUACAAUAUGGUUUAUUCUAAGAAGACUCAGGAUCAUCCAAGCGUUUAUGAGAGGUUCCCCCCAUUAGAUGAUCCUUCUCAUUGGCCUGAACGAAAUGUAGAAGACAUUCCGACAUAUUGUGAGAAAGAUUCUCCCUUUGUCUUCGUUCCACCUGUUCCACCUUUUCGAGAUUUGGGGCCCGGAUACUUCAUGUUGAUUGACCUUGUGAGAGCUCUUCCGUUGUCAAUGUACGUUUUAUGUGCAUAUGUUGGAAAAACUGUGCCUCGACCGCUUCUGAAUGAGUACUUAUCGGAUCCAGGAAAACGUCAUGUGUGCGUUGGUGAUUUACCGUUACCUCUUCGUAUGCCUAUUUUGCGUGAUAAACGUUUAUACAGGCAGUUAGAGCAUAUCUUCUUAUCACUCGGGGUACUCGGUCUCGUAGCAUUAGUUAAAAAUCCAGAUCCAAAACGAUUUCUUUCCCAUGCGGCUUCGGUUUUCUAUGUUUCUAAAAAAGGUGUUCUUCAUGACACUAGUAGCAGUGAGAAAGGGUAUGCCACAGUCACGCUGCCCAUUUCUCGUUAUGAUAAGUAUGACUAUGAGUUCGAAUCAGAAAAUGACGUUUCUAUGUUCUGGCAUCACUUGAGAGCAAUCGUUCACUCAACACCUUUGUCUUUCCGGAGUGACUGCGAGCCGUCAGAUUCUACUAAGCAUAAGAAAUACAGUCUUGGUGUUUUUGAUAAAGCCUCAGUUACCAUUGACCCAGAGCAAGAAAUUGUUUUGUAUCCACUAGAGCCAAACGACGGUUGUGCUGGUUUUGAUUCAUCAUUAUUUCUACAUUUGCGGAGACAUUGGGAACUGAACCCACGUCCUAGCGUUGUUACUCAUUGGUUUAUCGAAAGAUUCCGACGUCAGUCUGACGCUGUCAAGAGAUUAAUUGAAUCGAGAGUAUCUAGUAUUCAACAAGAUUGGAACAGUUAUGUCAAGAUUUUGAUGCCUUCAGAUGUAGAUCUCAACAAAUCAAAACGAAUUAGGGCGGCGACUUAUUCUUCCACCAGAUCAUCCAUCGGGCUUGAAUCGAAAAGUAAAUUGCGAGUAAUGAGAAAGGGAAUAAUCAAAAAGAAGAAAAGACCACUUGAUACAGUGGACAUGGUUAGCGAACAAGCUCGGCUUCAUGUUCGAAGUAGAUUCAAUUCUAAAGAAAGAGAUAUGCUCAUACUGAUUAGAGCUAUAGGAUUCUUUCUUAAUCCAGUAUAUCGCUUUUGGUUGGACCCAGCAGUACUUCGUGACAUCAUGCAUGAGUACGUUCCUGAGUCUCGAAGCAAGACCGUUCAGAGCUUAAUGGCAGCAGGAGUGAGAGAGAUGGUCAGACCGAAUAGGCUAGCCUAUCUCCAGAGAAUCGUCCGAAACCUUGCCACUUUUCCUGAAAUGAGAAAAUUGAGAGUACAACUAGCUAAUUCUCCUCUGAGCACAUCAGAAGCUAAGACAGUAUUUUUCAAGGAGGCUUUCCAAACAGCUAAUCAACUCUUAUUCAUGGAAAAUCAGACUAUUCCUAGCGCGAAUUCUCCAAACUCUACGUUUGAAGACUAUCUACUGGCUGGAAAAGUGGUCAUUGCCUCGGAACAAAGCAGCUCUCACUCUCUCCCUCUUCGAUCUCGUAAACCAACCAAUUUAGAACACAUUCAUCAUUGUGUUGCUAUUAAUAUUCUUUUGUCGAUACUUAUCCACACUACGGAUGGCUCCUUUUCCGACUGCAUCUUGGAACAGAUCUCUCCAACGGUUAUAUACGGGGCUCUUCAAGUUCUUAGGUCAGAUGGCUUAGUUUCUAAAACACGAAAAUUAGAUCCCAAAUUGUUGGUUGUUACAAAGGAUCAAUCAGUUCCUUCAUAUUAUUUCCGUCACUUCUUUGCUCAUCGCUUUCAUUCCGAUAUAGUUGAGAAAACAGCAAGAGUUUAUCACGAAUCUCUUGAAGCCUACAACUCCUCUGCUGGUCCUAUGAAGUUAGAUGGUGAUGAAAUUGGUUUGGUAAUUGCUGCUGCUGGAUCAUAUGUUGGAAAUUCUGAUCUUGAUAUCAAAGUAGAUGAUUCAAUGCUCUCCGUGUUUGAAGAAAUCGAAGCCCAACGGCAGUCUACUAAACAGAUUCGAUAUCUCGAAAAUGCUGAUUUACGCCUAGAGGAAAUAGAAAUAUUGCUCACUCACAAAGAAAAGACAAAACAUCUUGCGCGCCUCGAUGAUUUAUUUGCCGCUCUUAUACAGAACAAAACCCAACCUAUUGAUGUCAAACAGUCUCCCUUAGCUGAGAGGCUAAAAGAUAUUUCCAACAAAACUGAGAAGAAUGAACUUAUUUCUAUUUAUGACGCCAUAUCUUCGUCCAAGGAGAUAGGAGUUGGCCUCAAGGAUUUGGAGGUUGGAACCAAAAUAUCGAGUCUUUCCAUAUUGAAGCGAAUAAACGUGCUGCUUUCUCUCAAUUUGAUAAUUGAAAUUGGUGUUGACUGUCGCAGAUGGGUAGCUCUCGAAAACGCUGAUGCUUGGACGGUGAAAGUGAACCAAGUUCGCGUUUGUCCGAGACCUUGGACGCUUCCAAACGGCACAGUAUGUGAAUCAACUGUUCGAUGGAUGUCUGAGAGUGUUCUCAUGCUCAUAAUUGCAAAUCCUGGAAUCCCAAUGAGGGACAUAAGAUUCCGAUACGAGUUCGCCGUACAACCUGCGGUUGUGGAAGAUAUUCUCAGUCUUUUAGAAAACGCAGAAUGCAUAAAGAUAAAAGAAGAGAAAUUUGAGAGUAUGACUCUGUUUUCUCCGUUUGCAAAAGUACCUAGCGAAGAAGUUUUUGUAUACGUUGUGCCAGCACCGGAUUGUUUCGAGAGAUUCUCACGCAUUUUCUCCGACGUUUCAUUCUUGCCAUCAAUGUUAGGAGGAUCCAGGCCAGAAGAGGAAGUUACAGUGGUCAGUCGAACUAUUGAGGAAACAGCUCCAAAACUCGUACAUGUGGAUGUUAAACAAGAACCUAAACCACUCCAGGAAUAA